UAAACUUAUUAAAUAGAUUGGCAUGUCUCUGAUGCAGUUCUGUGGGAAGUUGUCCAUGCCCAACAUGAACAAACUGGUGUACAAAGAGGAAUGUCUGUACAGCUUCGACACUCCUGAGAAUUGUGCGGAGGGUCUCUUUGUCUCUCUCACAUCUUAUGUUGCAGUAGGAAAGGAUUAUCUGCAGAGUUACUUCGAAAAGACAGGGGAUCCAUUUUACUUGAAUUACAAGAGGAUUAAGACAGCAAAAACAAGUAAUGCUGACGAUGCUGCUGAACACCAGCCGACCAAAUUGGCGAUUGGAGUCGAGGGCGGAUUCUCUGCUGGACCUGAGACUCAAUUCGAUUUCGAAGACAGCUACAGAGUGUACCUGGCGCCAGAACAGAAAUUUCUGCAAGUGGACUCAAAUGAGCUUCCUGAAAUUGUGAGACAGAAUGUGAGGCACGUUAUCGAUGCUCAUUCACCCAGGGCGUCCAGUUUACCUCUGGAAUGGGACGGCGAGAAACGAAGAGAGACUACGGUUGAGCUGGUCCAACUGGACAACGGACGCAAGGUACCCCCCUCGGGUUGGAAGUGCGAGAGAUGUGAUUUAACUACGAAUUUGUGGGUCAACCUCUCAGAUGGGGCUAUUUUGUGCGGAAGGAAAUUCUUCGAUGGGUCCGGUGGAAAUAACCACGCCGUGGAUUACUACCGGGAGACGGGGUACCCUUUAGCAGUGAAAUUGGGAACUAUCACAGCAGACGGAAGAGCAGACGUGUUCUCAUAUACUGAAGACGACAUGGUUGAAGACCCAAAACUGAAAGAGCAUUUGGCGCAUUUCGGAAUUAAUAUUGAAAAUAUGGUUAAAACUGACAAAACAAUGGCAGAAAUGGAAAUUGAACUGAAUCAGAGCUACGAAUGGAAACUUCUGACCGAGGAGGGUUCUAACUUGGAACGAAUGUACGGAACAGGUUAUGUUGGACUGCGCAAUCUCGGAAACACUUGUUAUGUUGCUUCAGUGAUGCAAGCCUUGUAUCAUAUUCCAGAUGUAGCUGCUAAAUAUUUAGCUGCAUUCGCUAGCUUGGUUUCCACCAUUGAUCCGACUUCAGAUGAAAUUCACAAUAAUCUGAGUUUCCAAAUGGCGAAACUUUUUACAGGCAUGUUAUCUGAGAAAUAUUCGACGCCAGAAAUGGUUGAAAAGCAUAUGGAAGGCAUUUCACCGGCCUCUUUCAAAAGGUGUGUAGGCAAGAAUCACAGAGAGUUUAGUACCGGAAAUCAGCAAGAUGUGCAAGAGUUUAUCCUCCAUCUGUUUUCCCUUGUUGAGAAGACUUCGAGAAUCUUUGGAGAAGAUUUUACGAAAGAUUUUCAGUUCUCAAUUCAAGAAAAAAUAGUAUGUUCGGUGACACAAGCGGCUAGAUACGACAAAAGAAAAGACAACAUGUUAUCACUUUUUGUGCCAAUGGAUAAAACUAUAAACAAUGACGAAGUAAACGCUUUUGCGGAGCUGAAAGAAAAAUACAAAAGCGAAGGCAAAGAGCCUGACGUAUCAGAAAUUGUAAUACCAAAAGUGCCUUUCUCGGAACUGCUAACUACGUUUAUAGAGAAGCAAGUCGUUGAAAAUUUUCGAAGUGCAGCUGCAAAUAAUCAAUUAGUCGAAGGUCACAAAUAUACUUCGAUUUUGUCCUUCCCAAAGUACCUGUUCAUACAUAUAAGAAGGUUCACUAUAACGGAAGAUUGGCGACCGGCAAAGUUGGAAGUAUCAAUCGACAUGCCUGAAAAUAUUGACCUUUCAGUUAUCAGGGCGCUGCCUAGGCCUGAACAUGAAACUCUUAUGCCGACUGCAUCUCAAACACAGUCUAGUUUUGUGUUUAACGAGGAAAUAGUUUCUACGUUGAUGAGUAUGGGGUUCACGAGUGAAGCAUGCAAAAGGGCUUGUUUCCACACUAAUAACUCGGGCAUCGAAGCUGCGUCAAAUUGGGUGAUGGAGCACCUGGAUGACGCUGACCUUAAUUUACCUUUUGACCCAAACGGUGGGUCUGAAUCUGCGGCCUCAAACAACAGCCCAACGCCUGCGCUAUCGGAGGAGUCGAUUGCCAUUGUAAUGUCAAUGGGCUUUGAGCGAGUACAAGCUAUUAAUGCUUUGAAGAAUACAGAUGGAAAUGUUGAAAGAGCUAUCGAUUGGAUUUUCAGUCAUCUCGAGGAAAGUAUGACACCAGAGGCUCCGACAGAGGCCGAACUUCCUGCGAAUCAGGGUGCCACUGGAACGAAUAAUGAGUGUGAUCAGAUAGACAUGGGCUCAUCGAAGUACAAGUUGCUGUCUUUUAUCAGUCAUAUUGGUCCUUCAGCAUCUUGUGGACAUUAUGUGGCUCAUGUGAAGAUAAAUGAUAAAUGGAUUCUGUUCAACGAUGAAAAGGUUGCAGUCAGUUCGAAAUUGCCAAAAGACUUGGGAUACAUUUAUGUAUAUGAGAGAAUGUAGCGAAGUUUUGAUAAGCUACGUUUUUUGAUUGAAAAAAUAAUAAUAAAAUUCGGACGAUGAAGGCAAGAACUUGGGCCGCAUUAUGGAAUAUGACUUUUAUUUUCUAAUUGUGUAAAAUAGCUCUAAUUAUAUUGUUUUGUUAUAAAUGUUGAAGCAAAUUGAAAAUUGAAUCGUCCGUUUUUGCGUAUUCUGGCAAAAUUAUGGCUGGCCAGUUCAGUCACAGCUUAACAUCGUUUAUUAUCUCUCGAAUCAGAUGAU